GCGGGAUUCACAGACAGUGCGCUUCUCUGGUUUAGUUACAAACCACUUGCCAUUGGUCAUAUAAUUCAACACCCUUUGGGGUCAAUUUCUUCCCUUUUUCCCACACAUCCUCACAAUGAGGUCUACCAUCCGGUUAUUGGCUAACGUCAAGUCGGCCCGGUACCUUGAGCCUUUCGCUCCUACCGGGUUGACCGGCCUCACCACCCACCCCAGCCCUCGCCCGACUUUGAUCUACCUCUACACAGCUACAUUGCAGAAACUGAAGGCUUUCCCCGAGUCGUCGGUCUAUCGCCAGUCCACCGAGGCUCUGACCCGCCAGCGCCUGCAGAUUAUCGAAUCUACCAAGCCGCCUGGAUUCGAGGCUUGGUUGGAGCGUGUGAAGAAGACAGUGGGCGCUGAGCCUGAGCGAUUCGCAAGCCUCCGCCGCGCCGAUGGUUCAUACGCAGCCAGCCAGCGUGACGAUGGAACCGACAACCCCCGUGGCGAGGAAUGGGAUGGUGAAGCAAUGGAGGCCACCUCUGAGGGCCCUGCCCGUACUCCGGAACAAGAGGCGCAGUGGGAGCAGGCCAUUGAGGACGGAACUAAGACGGAUUCUAAGGGAUCGGAUUUCUACCUGGAGCAAAUGAAAUGGGAGAACGAACCCGCUCUCGAGGCCGACCAGGUCGCCGAUAUUGAGAAGCAGAUUGGUGCUGGUCUCAUUGAAGAAGUCAUUCAGGUUGCCGAGGGCGAACUGAGCCUUGUGGAUGAGAUGCACAAGUCGCAGGCAUGGGAGGAGCUUGAGGAGAAGCCUGUUCCUGGCCAGUGGACUUACUUUGAGCGAUCAUAAAGAGCUCCGACCUACGGAGAUUCUUGAUCAACCCAAAUCACCUGUAUUUAUUAGUCGAGGGGUGUUCGUUUGGAACGAACACAAUUCUGUGACAACUUCUCGCAUUAUGAUCAACCUUUUAUCGCUGUUUCACAUUUAUCAUACCCGGACCAUAAAAGCCUUGCUACACUAUCACCGGGAAACGUAUUCAAUUGAUGUCUUCGGUUAGCAUGUCUCCUGGGGACUUGCAACGGCUGUUAACUGUAGGAAUUAUCUACGAGUCACUGUAGUCAAAUAGCCGUUUAUUUUUCUUUUAGUUCUUACAAUUUAGGAUCAACAAUGGUGAAGUAGUGAAGUCAAUGGCUUCAAGAUCUUACGCCUGGAAGGCAGGCUUGACCCCACA